AUGGGAAAAGUUCACGGAUCCUUGGCUCGUGCCGGAAAAGUCAAGUCGCAGACACCAAAGGUUGAGCCUCAGGAGAAAAAGAAGACCCCAAAAGGCCGUGCCAAGAAGAGAAUCACUUACACUCGUCGUUUCGUUAACGUCACUCUAACUGGUGGAAAGAGAAAGAUGAACCCCAACCCAACCUCAUAG